AUGCUGACAAAAUGUGCUUUGGAAAACAUCACACGGGCAGACACCAUGAACAUGGAGGUUCUUAUAACAGGAGCACCUAACUCGUACCAUGAAGCAUCUUACCAUUUAGACGUUGUAAAUGCAGAAGAAAGCGAGCCAUUUACGCUUGAGUCCUUCAGGCAGUCUAUUUUGGAGUCUCUGAAGGCUGGGAAAGAGUACAUCCUUGCAAAAGUCACGACCUCCGAUCCUGCAAAUGCGAGCUCCCUGUACAACUACUACUACUCCGCGUUCGAGAUCAAUAAGAUCCUUUUCAAAUACGAGGCAGACAGGCACCUUUUGCACCGCAUGAAAGUCAGAAACCCCAUGAACAAUAUGUUUAUAAUGGGGCAAGUGUACUACUACAGGAUUAGCUAUGAGUCCCUGGAAAAUGCCCUCCAGGAGUACGACCAUCCUUCGGAGGAGAGCACCCGGGGGAAAAUGAAGGCCUUCAGCGAAGUGCUUCCCUCCACAAGGAACAUAAGUGCCUCAUACAUCGACCAAAUCAGCGUGAAAAAAGAGCCUGAGUUGAGGACGAUCUCCAGAGACCUAUUUGAGACCCUGGCACGCCCCAGGGAGGCCGUGGAGAGUUCCGACAGAAAGUUGAAAAUACGCGCCCUGUACUUCGCAAAUGACGGGGACUUUCUGGUGAAAUCUGGGACCCGGGAAUUUUUCAAGAGAAAUGCCGUUAAUCCCGACGACUACUUCAUCUUCAAGCUGGAGAGAGCGCAAAACGACUUUUUGGCGCUGCUGGAGUCCCCGACUGGAAGCGAGUCCAACGACGAGGCAGAGACCUGGAAAAGAGCCCUGACAGCACACUUAAGCUUUAUUCUGGUUAUAGCAUGCCUGCUUUUAUUCCUGGGAAGUUUCCCCCUGCUUUUCUUUAUAGUCUUUCCGCUGGCGAUUUUUUUUCUUCUUUCUAUGCUGUUCUCUCUGUUCUAUAUAUUUUGCUGCCGAAGAAGAACCUUUGGAAGUAUAGAUGUAAAUGACGUGGAGGAGGUGUAG